GUGAAUGGGAGUGAGCGGGGGCGGGCGCGGCGGCGCGAGACCCAUGAAUGAGAGAAACGUGCCCCGCGCGAGACGUCGCGCGCGCCCGGGACAGAGAGCCAAUGGGAAUGCUGGGAGGGCUCGGGACCCGGCACUGAGGGCAGCGGUUGCUGCCAGCUCGAACACUAGCGUCGCCGGGCGGGAGCGCGCGGAGCGGGGCGGGCGUGGAGCGUGCGGGGGCCGCGCGCUGCUUCUCAGGGGCCGGACGGCACUGCCGGGAGGCAUCGGUGACAACGACGGCGCCGGGGGUGAGGCAGUGUAACGCAGUUGAAUCCACAAAGCCCAAGACUGAAGAAAGAUCAAAGACAUUGACUAACCUGGAAACAGGGACCUCUUUGGGACUUUGCUUUCAUCUGCAGUAACCUUUUAAAAGUAUCAUCAAGUGGAAUUGAUUUGUUCAUCUUAUUUUGCUUAUUGAGAAGAACAUGUCUUCAGGGAUUUUAUAUUUCUCUAGUUUUGCAUUAACUCUAUAGAAAACUGAGCCCUUAAAGGGCUUGGGGAUAACAAGAAGAGAUUGAAGACAAGCUUGCUCUCUCUGUUUUCCUUUCCUCAUCAAAGAAAAGGGUUUACAACUCAACCUUGGAACAGCUGUUGCCCAGCUUUAGCCAUCAAGAGAAAAUAAAAUUAAAUCACCAUUGCCCAGACUACAAGCCCUGAAGUAAAGGUGUGGAACUGGUGGCGUUGAGAAAACUGCCUAAAAGAAACAAGAACUGCAGCAAAAACUGCUUCUCCCUAAAGCUGGAAAGGGCCUCAGCUUCCUUUUUGGAUUAAAGUAGAAACACAGGGCACACCUCCUGUAGGUGCAGCUCACAUUUCGUGGAAGUGUUGGAGUUGUGGAGGUACCAUAGUAUCUCCUCAGAAGAGUUUCUCCUUACCAGAAGCAUUCUGCCCUACCCCGAUUUCCCCCCUUCUGUCCCUUUGAAGACUUAACUCUGUCCAUGAGCUAUACCUUGAUCUGUCUGACUGCCCAUGUUCUCCACCUGCAGCCAUUUGCAUGUGUACAGCCUACUGUUUGUCUCCAGUUGUUAAACUGUACAAGUUGUGUUUCUUAAUCUCUCCUUCUGCCUUGCUCUGGGGAGGUGGUUAUUCAUCAUUUGGAAUCACCUUUCCCCCUCCCAUGUGCUUUCCUUCAUUUGAGAUCUUUUGAUCUUUGGUUUUAUUUGGGAGGGGGAAGGGUGAUAAUUUAAAAUUUUCUGUUUCCCUGGUUUCCUUCUGUACUCUCUUCUCCAUUGUUUCCCUCAUCCCGUUUUCUUGUCUGUUCUGCCGCUGUGUGGGCCUGGGCUAUGCGGCAGGGCAGAUCUCCCAGCAGAGCUCCAUCAUGCCCGCAGAGUCUGGAAAGAGAUUCAAACCCAGCAAGUAUGUUCCAGUCUCAGCAGCCGCCAUCUUCUUAGUGGGAGCUACAACCCUCUUCUUUGCCUUUACGAAUGCUGAAUAGGUGGGCAGAAGAACCUGUUCUUCCUGGGACGGUACAGAGCUGGGAGUCCCAUCACUGUCCAGGACUAAGCCUCUAUGUGUCACCUGCAGUGCCCAUCUACAAUGCGAUUGUUUUUCUCUUUGUGCUGGCCAACUUCAGCAUGGCCACCUUCAUGGAUCCAGGGAUUUUCCCUCGAGCUGAGGAGGAUGAAGACAAGGAAGAUGACUUCCGAGCUCCCCUUUACAAAACAGUAGAGAUCAAGGGCAUCCAGGUGCGCAUGAAAUGGUGUGCUACCUGCCGCUUCUAUCGUCCUCCUCGGUGUUCCCACUGCAGUGUCUGUGACAACUGUGUGGAGGAAUUUGAUCAUCACUGCCCCUGGGUGAACAACUGUAUCGGUCGCCGGAACUACCGUUAUUUCUUCCUCUUCCUCCUUUCCCUGACAGCACACAUUAUGGGUGUGUUUGGCUUUGGCCUCCUUUAUGUCCUUUACCACAUGGAGGAACUCUCAGGGGUCCGCACGGCUGUCACAAUGGCAGUGAUGUGUGUGGCUGGCUUAUUCUUCAUCCCUGUAGCUGGCCUCACAGGAUUUCAUGUGGUGCUGGUGGCUAGGGGACGCACAACCAAUGAACAGGUUACGGGUAAAUUCCGGGGAGGCGUGAACCCCUUCACCAAUGGCUGCUGUAACAAUGUCAGCCGUGUACUGUGCAGCUCCCCAGCACCCAGGUAUUUGGGGAGACCAAAGAAAGAGAAGACAAUUGUAAUCAGACCUCCCUUCCUUCGACCAGAAGUAUCAGAUGGGCAGAUAACUGUGAAGAUCAUGGACAAUGGCAUCCAGGGAGAGCUGAGGAGAAGUAAGUCUAAGGGAAGCAUGGAGAUGACAGAGAGCCAGUCUGCAGAUGCUGAACCUCCACCUCCUCCUAAGCCAGACUUGAGCCGUUACACAGGGCUACGAACACACCUCAGCCUGGCUACCAAUGAGGAUAGCAGCCUCCUGGUCAAGGACAGCCCCCCCACACCUACCAUGUACAAGUACCGGCCGGGUUACAGUAGCACCAGUGCGUCAGCCGCCAUGCCUCAUUCAUCCAGCGCCAAGUUGAGUCGUGGGGACAGCUUGAAGGAGCCAACCUCAAUUGCAGAGAGCAGCCGCCAUCCCAGCUACCGCUCAGAGCCCAGCUUGGAGCCAGAGAGCUUCCGCUCUCCCACAUUUGGCAAAAGCUUUCACUUCGAUCCACUAUCCAGUGGCUCACGUUCCUCCAGCCUCAAGUCAGCCCAGGGCACAGGCUUUGAGCUGGGCCAGUUGCAGUCCAUUCGUUCAGAGGGCACAACCUCCACCUCCUAUAAGAGCCUGGCUAAUCAGACACGCAAUGGAAGCCUAUCUUAUGACAGCCUGCUCACUCCUUCAGACAGCCCUGAUUUCGAGUCAGUGCAGGCAGGGCCUGAGCCAGACCCUCCUUUAGGCUACACCUCUCCCUUCCUGUCAGCCCGGCUGGCCCAGCAACGGGAAGCCGAGAGGCACCCACGUUUGGUGCCAACCGGCCCAACACACCGAGAGCCCUCACCAGUCCGGUACGACAAUCUGUCGCGCCAUAUUGUGGCCUCCCUCCAGGAACGAGAGAAGCUGCUACGCCAGUCACCCCCACUCCCAGGCCGCGAGGAAGAACCAGGCUUGGGAGACUCGGGUAUUCAGUCAACACCAGGCUCAGGCCAUGCCCCUCGUACUAGCUCCUCCUCAGAUGAUUCAAAGAGAUCACCCUUGGGCAAGACUCCACUGGGACGCCCAGCUGCCCCCCGUUUUGGCAAGCCAGAUGGGCUAAGAGGCCGGGGACUAGGGUCCCCUGAACCAGGCCCAGCUGCCCCAUACCUGGGCCGAUCUAUAUCUUACAGCAGCCAAAAAGUCCCACCUGGUGUGUCUGAGGCGGAGGAAGUGGCUUUGCAGCCAUUACUGACACCCAAAGAUGAAGUACAGCUCAAAACAGCCUACAGCAAAUCCAACGGGCAGCCCAAGAGUAUAGGCUCAUCGUCCCCUGGCCCAGGCCAGCCACCUCUCAGUAGCCCCACAAGGGGAGGAGUCAAGAAGGUGUCAGGGGUGGGUGGUACCACCUAUGAGAUUUCGGUGUGAGCCUUUGGCACCUCCCCUUCCCACACCUCUGCACCUACACCAAAGGGCCCCAGGUGGCCACCGUCCUUUCCUCAAGGGGCUCCCCUCCCCUGCAUGGACAUUUUUUACACCACCGAUUCCAAGAGGAUGAGGAGUGUUUUAUAAAAUGCAGUGGGGUUGGGGAGUUGGAGAGUUGGGGCCCUGAGACUGGGGUAGCAGCCCCUUUCACUUUUGAAGAUCUUCCCUUCCUUAAACCCUGGACCAGACUCAGUGGACAUUUGUGCAAUUGCUCGCCCUGGAGGGAACCAGAUCAUUUUUAAACCAGAAAUAAUUUUUUUUAUUAUUGUUAUGGAUUCUAUUUUUUUCCUCUUCUGCGUUACCAGGUGUGUGUGUACAUAUAUAUAUAUAUAUGUGUGUGUGUGUAUAUAUAUAUAUAUAUAUAUAUAUAUAUAUUAUAAAUAUCAAAGAAAUUAUAUAUCUAUCCUGGGAUGGGAAAAUGAGGGAUAUGUGGAGGGGGAUAUCAUUCUUCCUGAUCCUCAGACCAGCAGGAAAGGGGAGACAUGAAAUGAAGUCUUCCUUUUCUCCAUGGUUUCCUCUUGUCCCAGUUACCAACUAAGGAAAUAGCACCCCCUGUUGUUGGUGCUGAGUAAUCAGGAAAGAAACCCUGGGAGAGGAGAGUUUGGGAUCUUGGUCAGAGGAGGGAAGGACUUGGAGAGAUUUAGUUUUCUAGGUUCCUUGGCACUUAGUUUCCCCAGGAAAGGGGUCAGAGCUCCAUGACUUUGGUAGUUGAGGGAUGAUCAGAAAAAGAGCUUGUCUAAGCUCCAGAAACAAUAUGGGAAAACCCCCCCUUCUUGGGGGUGAAGGAUUAAGGUUGGCUUCUUCAGGUCCCUCAAAGCCUUCCCCCAACUCACAGUUAACAUUAUUUUUAAAUCCAAGGCCGGGAGAGAAGAAUCCAAAAAGCAAUAUUUUCAUCACAUGCCAAAAACAGGAUGGAGAGAUGGAGUGGCAGACCUAGGCCCCUCCAAUUGUCCCUUGGGGGUUACCCCUUAGCCCACCUCAGUAUGGUGCUGGAUAGUGGGGAUACCUGGGUUUUAACCUCUAAAUAGGGGAGACCCCAGCCUCUAGACAGAGGCCCUUUUAUUUUUUACUCUGAUUAGCCAUUUUAAACCAACAAGGAAUAAAAACAAAUCCUGAUCUACUAG